AUGCAGCAGUUGCUAUUGAAGGUCCUGUGUUCCACACUGCUGCUUCUAGCUGGGGUGCCCUAUGUGUACUCACAGUCAGAUUGUUCCCAAGCGGAGUCAUGUGACUUGUGCGUUGGAGCCUCCAUGCUCAACCUGACAGGCUGCGUCUGGAGGCUUUGUCCAGAUGGUAAUGAUACGGGGGUGUGUCUGACUGAUGAGGGCGACUCAGCAGACACCUCAAUGAACUGCAGCUGGACCAGAGUGUCUGAGCUGUGCACAGUUGUAGAGGCGGUGGCCGAGGGAGGAGACGAAGGUGACUCAGGUGAUGGCAAUAACCCGUCUUCAGAGUUCUCCCAGGCCAAGUUUGACAUGUCCAGUUUCAUCGGCGGCAUCAUCCUGGUGCUGUGCCUGCAGGCGGGUGGCUUCUUCGCCAUGCGUUUCUUCAAAUCCAAAGAGCAGAGCAACUAUGACCCCAUAGAGCAGCCACAGUGAAGUCAGGACGUGUGAAGGACGAGCAGAUGAGUGUGCAGGACGUCAGAGCAGUGACUCAUCGACUUGUGACUCCGGGAUAUUUUCUCUCUCUCCUCCUCAGCUCCUGUCAUUUUCGGUGUGGUCCCCAUGUGUACCCCUGGGGGGAUGGGUGUGUUUAUAAGAGGCUAAUUUGUUCCUCGGAUUGCCGCGUUGUGUAACGAGUGUGUGCAUGUGUUCAUUGUGUAUAGCACCGCAUUUCUACUUCAGGGAGAUUUUGGCUGCAAGUAGUCGUACAGUAAGACAAAUGGGAAACAAAUGGGCUCUGACUGUUUCAGCGAAUUAGCUUUGCAAUCACAACCCAACAUUAAUCUUCACAGAAACUAAUUUAACAAGUUAAGAGUUUGUCCUCUUACAACACAACAAGGCUAUAUCACAUGUUUCAACUGUGUAAACAUUACAGUGCAGUAAUGGGAAAGUGUGAUAUGUAGUCAGGAGGUCAGACAAGGUUAUCAGAGGCAUUUUUAACCUUUCCCAAAAUGAGAUUGUGGAACUCAAUUUAGUCGAGUCGUGUUUUUCUGAAAACAAAAGUUAAAAUAUAUGCAUCUUAGUUUUCUAUGUAUUAACUUGUAGUGAAUGAAAU